UACAGAGAUUAUCUCACAAUAUCUAACGUUGAACUUUUGCAUUCUCCACUCAUUGAGAAUUUUUCAUAGGAAUUCUACAAUUUAGAUUACCCUCUACGUUAAAGCGUUGGACACUUAAAUUUUAAGUAUCUAUCUCAGGAAUUUUAAAAGUUGGGUCAGAAUUAUUUUGACUUGAGCAAGUUACUCUUACUCGCAAUGCCGUAUAAAACGCUUGUCAUUCUGAGUGUCUGUACUCACAUAGUCAAUGGAAUAACUUCUGCCGACAUCAUAGCCUCGCACAACUAUCCCGUGGAAAUUCACACAGUGGUCACACGAGAUGGGUAUUUGCUCAACGCGUUCCGCAUACCGAACUCAAUUUAUUGCAAGCACUCUGGACCAAAGCCGGCGGUUCUCUUCCAGCACGGAAUGACCGCCUCCUCGGAUGUUUUCCUGGUGAACGGACCUCGGGAUGCAUUGGCAUUCAUGUUGGCCGACGCCUGCUUCGAUGUGUGGCUGAGUAACUCGAGGGGCACUCGGUAUUCCCGACGCCACGUGUCUUUGGAUCCCUCCGAUGAGAACUUCUGGCGCUUCAGCUGGCACGAGAUUGGAACGGAGGACGUGGCCGCUUUCAUUGACUACAUUUUGGCCACCACAAAUCAAAGUGCGGUGCACUAUGUGGGUCACUCACAGGGAAGCACCACGCUGGUGGUGCUCCUCAGCAUGCGUCCGGAGUAUAACCAGUUGGUAAAGACCGCAAUCCUCUUAGGUCCGCCAGUCUUUAUGGGUCACACACACACGCUGGGACAAAUUUUUCUCAGGACGCUCAUAAUGUCGAUGCCCGACUGCGAAUUUAUGUUCCACAACCGGAUUUUGAAUAAAAUACUGAGGAAAAUUUGCGGGCUUUUCGUUGUGAGGGUGUACUGUUCGACCUUUUUUAUGAUCGUCAACGGAAAGUUUUCAGAUCACUUGAACACAAGUGCGAUUCCUCUGAUUGCCGCCACGCUUCCGGCGGGAGUUUCUUCCCGGCAGCCCAAGCACUUCAUCCAGCUGACGGACAGCGGCAGGUUCAGACCAUUCGAUUUCGGGAUCCUGAGGAACUUGAUCAACUACAGGAGCCUCACACCUCCCGACUACCCGCUGCAUAACGUCCGCCCUCUGACGCCAGUCCAUAUAUUUUAUAGCGAUGAUGACCUAUCCGCCGCAAAGGAGGAUGUUGAGAACUUCGCCGCCAGCUUGCCGGAGGCGGUGAUGCAUCGGAUCUCCACACCGUCCUGGCACCACAUGGACUUCGUGCACUCCAUGACCGUCGCUAAUGUGAUCAACAAGCCGGUCAUUGAAAUUUUUAAAAGGUUUGAGCAACCUAUCGACUGUGAGGAAGUCUAUAAUAAAUAAUAUGGAGUACCAGCCCGCCAUGA